AUGUUGACCAAGGCUCGCGAGAACAUCAUCACUGCUCUAUGCGUUGCCCUCAAUGCCUUGUCCACCGUCGGCUUGGUCUUUCUUAGCAAGAUUGUUUUCUCCGAUGAGCAGCUCAAGCAUUGUCAAGUCGGCUUCGUAAUAUGGCACUUCAUCGUCACUUCGCUGGUUCUCUAUGUCUCUUCAACCCGCUUGUUUCGUCUUUUCAACCCUAUCCGGCUCUCGGUACGCGCUAUGCUGCCCAUCUGUCUAUUCUUCGCCGGCUACGUUAUUCUUGGUAACCUGAGUCUGGCGAACAACUCCAUCGGCACCUAUCAGCUCGCCAAGAUCAUGACCACUCCCUCCGUGGUCAUUAUUAAUUUCAUCCUUUUCCGCAAGACUAUCGACCGUUAUCGCGUCGGCGCCAUCAUCGCCGUGUGCAUUGGCGUCAGUCUCACCAUCACAGAAGAAGCGCGCAGUAACCUCGUCGGUAUUAUAUUCGCCACAGCCGCCUUCAUCAUCACCGCAUUUUACCAGAUAUGGAUUGGAAAGAAGAUCACCGACCUCGAUGUGUCCGCCCCUCAGCUGCUGAUGAAUCAAGCACCGCUGGCUGUACUUCUGUUGAUUCCUUUUGUUCCAUUCUUCGACACAAUGCCCAACCUCUCGCAAGCCUCUUCUAAUGCUCUCUGGGCAGUCUUCGGCUCCGGUGUCAUGGCCAGUAUGAUCAACCUGUCGCAAUUUCUGAUCAUCAGCCGGACCUCUGCACUGACGUUUAACAUUGUUGGACACGUCAAGACUAUUCUUAUCCUCGGUCUGGGCUGGUACACGGAGAAGGCGAUGCCGUCCGAGCAGGAAAUCAUCGGCAUCGUCCUUGCCCUCUGGGGUGGAUAUGCCUAUUCUCACUUUUCCAUGAAUGCCCGGUGA